CCGCUCCGCACCGACGCACGGGAAUAUGCUGAUGAAGGAGUACCGGAUCUGCAUGCCGCUCACCGUGGAGGAGAUGAAAAAGAAUUUGAGGAAGGUGUGACGUGCCUGAUGUGAUACUGGAUCUGCUGGCUUUGUACCAAUCGGAGCGAGCCGUGGAACGCUUGUGUACAGAAUUGGGCAAUUGUACAUGAUAAGCAAGCACAGCCAUGAGCAGAGUGACCGAGGUGAAGGUGUCGAAGUGGUGCAGAAUGAGCCUUAUGAGGACCCAAACCACGGCAAUGGUCAGCUAACAGAGAAACGUGUCUAUCUCAACAGCAAACUACCUAGCUGGGCUAGAGCAGUUGUUCCGAAAAUAUUUUAUGUUACAGAGAAGGCUUGGAAUUAUUAUCCUUAUACAAUCACAGAAUACACAUGUUCAUUUUUGCCUAAGUUCUCCAUUCACAUAGAGACAAAGUAUGAGGACAACAAAGGAAGCAAUGACAGCAUUUUUGACAAUGAAGCUAAAGAUCUGGAACGAGAAGUCUGCUUCAUUGAUAUUGCCAGUGAUGAAAUUCCUGAGCGCUAUUACAAGGAAUCAGAGGAUCCUAAAUAUUUCAAGUCACAGAAGACUGGGAGAGGCCAGUUAAAAGAAGGCUGGAGAGAGACCCAUCAGCCCAUUAUGUGUUCCUACAAACUUGUGACUGUGAAAUUUGAAGUUUGGGGACUUCAAACCAGGGUAGAACAAUUUGUACACAAGGUGGUCAGAGAUAUACUCCUGAUUGGUCACCGACAGGCUUUUGCCUGGGUUGAUGAGUGGUAUGACAUGACGAUGGAUGAAGUCCGAGAGUUUGAACGAGCAACUCAGGAAGCUACCAACAAGAAAAUUGGCAUUUUCCCACCUGAAAUAUCUAUCUCUAACAUUUCCAUGCCUUCUUCAACCCGCAGUGCUCCAUCUAGUGCUCCGUCAACUCCUCUCUCUACAGAUGCUCCUGACUUCCUAACAGUACCCAAAGACCGGCCUCGGAAAAAGUCUGCACCAGAAACCCUCACUCUUCCAGAUCCAGAGAAAAAGAAAAAUUAAAUUAACCCAGCAUGAUUCCUCCUGAUAAGCCAUGGCUACCACAGCAAGAGUAACAUAUUGUAGUUUCUAGGAAGAUCGUGGUGGUUGGUUGGUUGUUGAUGUUUGGAUAUUUUUGCUUAAAAUAAUUUUACUGUUGUGGAAAGACUGUUUCUUUCCUCAGACUUGAUCCUCAUAAUCUUCAGAGAAGUGCAUGCAAAAGAACAUAGUUGAUAGAUCUCAAGUAGUGUUCCAAGCCAUAUGGUCCAUCUUACUGACAUACAAUGAAGUCGUCUGAGGAGAACUCUAUAAAAGAAAAUCUUUCUGUAGCAGUAUCUCUAUGUACAAAUCCACAUCUAGGUCAUAGCAUUUAUAUUUAGGAAUAGGUAUUUAGUAAAGCUGCCAAGGACUUCUGAGGCAAAUCUGUGCCAACCAGAAUGCAGGGUUAAUAGGAAAAAAGCUCCCUUCUUUUUUUUUUUUAACUGAUUUUAAAAUCCUUCCUGUUCUCAGGCUUGUGUGUAUUCAUAAACCUUUGACCUGCAACUCAUUGUACUUGAACACCAAUAACAAUCACUCAGAAUCAUAUCGUGCUUAAUAUGACUCAGGAUUUGGGGCUUUGCUAACAAAAAUGAAACUUUUCAAACCUAAAAUAUCACUGUAUGAAGCCCCAAUUGUAAUUAAUUAUAUUGACUUUGAGGCCAUUUAAGUAUUUCUAUCUUGCACAGAAUUUGUAAAAGAAACCACCUAUUUCUUGUAGAUAAUGUAUUUUAAUAGCUCUCCCCUGUCCUUUUGUGAUAAAACUUAAGUUCAUGCUGGUGUUCGUCAGUGGUGUUCUAUGUACAAGAUUGGGGGAAAAAAGCAGCUAAGUUGAGCCAGUUGAGAAGGAAAACCAAUGAAUUCUGUCUUGCCCACUCUGGAAGAAGAGUGGUGGUUACCCUCUAAGACCUUGAAUGUAAAGGAGAGAAAAUAUGAGACUCUUUUUUCUUUCCUGCCUCUCAUCUUUCCUAACCAGCACAAUCUCUGCUGUCAGAAAGCUGGCUCUGGGCUUCACCACUGUCUCUUAGGGAAGGGAUGAAUAAAAUCAGUCACUUGAAAAAGCAAAUGAAUCUUGGGGCUUCUCAGUCCCACAUAGGGUGGCAUUAAGGAAACAGCAGUGCUCCUCCUGGUCUGUGUGUGAAAUCACUCUUCAAUCUCAGGAAUUAAAAUACAGAAAGGAUGCUUCCCAGCAUGGAAGUGUAGAUUGUAGGGGGAAGAGAAAUGAAUUUCAGAAGUGUUCUCUUCCUUCAUUUUUUAUCAAAAAGUAAACUCAGUGACAAACCUUCCUUCUGGCCCCCCCUUUGGGGUACUUUGUUCUCUUUCAGACUAAUUGCUAUUUAAUUAAUGUUGUCCGUAUCUAUCUCAAUUGGUAGCUGUAGUAGGCAUUAAAUAAGCUGGUCUUCUAUUCCCAGUGAAUGAUAGCUAUUACCUGAAUCAUAUGAUUAAAGUGAGUAGUGUUUUGUACCACUGGUGGUGAUGUACAUGGAUGCAAAACAGUCCUCCAGAGCUGAACUGUCACUGAACAUUGAACAAUCAGUUUGGGGAUGGCCUUUUACCUGCACAGGAAGUUUGUGCCAUCUUCUCUGCACAAUGCUAUGAUUUGACUGGCUUGAAUGCACUGAACUUCUCAAUGGCUGUAGAUCCAACAGAAGUUAUGUUGAAUGUGUGGUAUUUCUAGAGUAGUUGUAGAGCAGGGAAGGUGAUUCUGCUGUCAACCUGCACUGAAAACAAGUGUAUAUUUGUUUGAUAGUUUAAACCCUGUACCUAGCAAAAUCUAGAAGCUCCUUGUAGGUUAGCUAUGAUCUGACUUCAUGUAUUUUCCCACUUACUGUCCAUGUUUUACGUUGUUUCCCAGAGGUUGUAAUUCUGUGUAGUCAGUAAAAUAGCAGGUGAUAAUAAUUUUUCGUUUGAAAAUAGCUACUGUGAUGCUACAAACAAAACUUUCCUUCGUUAGUAAAUGAUUUCAUCUUAAAAUUGUGAGAAAUAAUAAUGACUAUAACUGGUCUAAUCUCUUUUUUUUAUUAUUAUUAUUUUUUUUUUUUUUAAUUUAGUAGCAUGAUUGGAACAUUGGCUGAGAAGGGAAACUCUUGAAAAGACAAAGCAUUGAUUAUUAUUUUUUAUUUCCUAAAUUUAACAUAUCAAAAUAGUUUGGGUCACCUCUGCCUAUUGAUAGUCUUAUUUUUUAAAGAGCUCGUUGUUUGCCCAAGAAGAAAUUGCCCAGCUCUAGUCAUCACCUCCUUGUGCUUAUGUGUUACUGUUUCGAUACAAGUUUUGGUAUCUGAUGCAGAUUAUUAGACCAAAGCAGUCAUAUCUUGUAUUUGACUGAUUCGUUCCUAAUGCCAUGUGGAGAUGUGGAUUAUCACAUCAUGUAGGAUUUGGAGAUGAGACGUAUGAUAAUUACUGACAUGCCUGAAUAGGACACAGCUUACUAGCUGCAUGGCAAAUACUGUAGGAGAAAAAUGCUGAUCGUGUUAUGGACAAAUCGCCUCCCCCUGCAUGCGCUGCUGCCGUAGCUGUGCCACACGAUACUGCUCCAGAGGAGCACCAGGUUUAUUGACCAGACAGCCUGAAUUCACUGCUGGCCAGAGCGAGGUUCAUGAUUAUCCACAUUACCUCCUUUUUGCUCACUAAUGAAGGCAAAUAAAAAGAUGUAGAGUGUCUCAUUGCUUUCGGUAAGAAAUAUCCCGGGCUUUCCAUUGCCUGUGCUUGUAACCUCUGCUGUGUUCUGCUUUGUUUUCCCCGUCAGCCAGCAAUUAACCAGUUUGCCCAGAAGAAUUUUAAAUAUCAUCUCUUUUUCUGUGUGUGGUUGUUGUUGUUUUACAUUUUUAUAUAGGAUAAUGUUUUCCCAGCAAACACAAAAUCACAAAAAAUUAAAUGGAAAGGAAGGUCAGAAUGUCAGUAACAUCUUGAGGCAGAGGUUCUUUCCGUUACUGAUUUUAUCGCAGUGCUUUCUCUUGUAUUUUCAAACUUUUUAUGUGAGGAGAAAGAAGGUAUUUUGCAGGUGUUAGCCCUUCUUUUGCAACAGUAAAUCACGUGGUUGGUGAGUAUGAUCGUAAGAGGAUGUUGGCACCCUGCAAAGCUGACGAGGCACAGUAGCUGUGUUCCUAUUCUCUGCCAGGGCAAAGAAUUACAUGAUACAGCUCUGCUAGGACAGGAAGUUUUCAGUAAAGACAAUACAGUUCCAGAGCAAAUAAUGUGAUUAGUUUGUUUGGGUUUCUGUUAAAGCCUUCUCCCAGCUUUGCUCAUAUUUCAUAGGGAGCAAUUGAAAUAACAGUUCAUUGUGGUCUCCUAAUAAAUUCAAAAGGGUGGUACCUGUAAGGACAGUGAGGAGCAGCACAUUCCUGAAACAAGCUGAACGGGAUUUCUGAUGAAUGUAGUUGUAAAUGACUGGAUAAAUCCUAUGGAAAGAAACUAUUUGACCUUAUUCUUUGGCUUUUUUGGUUAUUCUGGAAGGCGAUUUUGUCACAUCUAGUAGCCAAUUUGCAUUAAUUGCUGCUGUAGAGAAUUUGAAACAGAAAUGUUUGUUCCUUGACUUUUAUUUUGUAACAAGACUGCAAAAUUUGUUUAAACUGCUUUGAAGCUUGCUGCACUGUAACUUCAGAACAAUGUGCUAGCAUUUGAAAUAGCCAAACAAGUGUGCUUUGUAAGAGUUAGUGAGCACAGUAAGAGAGAUUCAUGAUCUAUCGUUAGGAGCUUUUCUGUUUCCAUUGUUUGGACUUGGUUUUAUAUGUGCAAGUUAAAAUUGCUAAGUAAGUCUAACAAUGUUUUGCUUUAAAAAUGAACAGCAUGAUCAUUGAAUUACAAUCUCCUGUAGUCUUAUGGUGUCACUUUAAGAAGUUUCAUUGUUUUAUUUCAUUUCUGUGGUAAUUCCCUGUGACUCUGAAUGUCUGGUAAUUCAUUUCUUUUAUUUAGAACUAUGAUAGCUACAUUAGGCAAUACAUUACUACCAUCAGAGAAGGACCAAGUCUCGAAUUGCUCUGCAUGUUAAAUAAUGCAAGGCUAAGCAGGAGAAUUUGAUUGGUAUAUUUUUCAUCCAUUUCACUUAGUUUCUGACUUUUCCAAGUUAUUUAUUAUUUUUAAUAUUGUAUUUUUCCUCGUGUUUUGUUGUAAAUAAACUGCCAACAACUAUUCUUUA